AAGGACGUGAUAGUAAAUUCUGACUUUCUGAAGGGCACAAUAGUGGCACAAUAUAAUAUAUAGGUAUAAAUAAACGAUAUAGGGAUUUUAGGAGCCGGACAGUGGGAGGAACUCCGCCGCUCAGCCAACAUGGGUAUCUCCAGGGACUCCAUGCACAAGAGGCGUGCUACUGGCGGCAAGAAGAAGGCUUGGAGGAAGAAGAGAAAGUAUGAGCUUGGUCGUCAGCCUGCAAAUACUAAACUAUCAAGCAACAAAACAGUCAGGAGAGUUCGAGUUAGAGGAGGCAAUGUUAAGUGGAGAGCCCUGAGAUUGGACACAGGAAAUUAUUCUUGGGGUAGUGAGGCUGUCACCCGCAAGACUCGAAUUCUUGAUGUGGUUUAUAAUGCCUCAAACAAUGAGCUUGUUAGGACGCAAACUCUGGUGAAGAGUGCAAUUGUUCAAGUGGAUGCUGCUCCAUUUAAGCAAUGGUAUCUUCAACACUAUGGUGUUGACAUUGGCAGGAAGAAGAAGACUGUUGUUAAGAAGGAAACUAGUGAGGAAGUAGAAGGUGCUGCUGCAGAGGAAACUAAAAAGAGCAACCAUGUUCAAAGGAAGCUUGAGAAACGCCAGAAAGAUCGCAAGCUUGAUCCCCAUAUAGAAGAUCAGUUUGGUGGUGGUAGAUUGUUGGCUUGCAUCUCAUCCCGUCCUGGUCAAUGUGGCAGAGCUGACGGGUACAUAUUGGAAGGUAAGGAGCUGGAGUUCUAUAUGAAGAAGAUCCAGAGGAAGAAGGGCAAGGGUGCUGGGGCGGCAUAAAUAUAAAGUUUGUGAAGUUUUGCUGUCCACUGUUUGGGUUAUUUUAGUUUUGGUUCCAUGAGUUUUAGAAUGUGAUUUGAUACCAAUUCGUAGCCUGCCCAAAUGAUGCACAUUCUGGUUGAGGGUCGUUAGUGUCAUCUUUUCACUUUUUCUUUUACUUCCUAUAAUUUCUUUGUUUUGCUUUAAAUUUUGUCGCAUUGGCUUUUCACUUACGUGUGCUUUUGUUAGGAAUGUGGCUCCUUUGGUUUCGAGGAUUAAAGGUUAUUCUAAUUAUAUUUCAUGAUUAGUGAUUAAAAUGUAAUGAGACGAUUUAUGAUUUUACAAGUAAGAAUUAAAUAAGAAAUGUAUUUAAGAAUAAA